AUGGCAUCAAGGGCUGAAAGCCAUAAUGAUGAGCAGCCUGAGGAAGCCUCCAAACCUGCUGCUCCCGCUACCGAGCGAAACGCUUUCUCGGAACUCAUGUCUCGUAAACAUAAGCAAUCAAAGCCACGAUUAUCCAAGCACAUUGGCAAACUCAGCAACCCAGGCGACCCACGAAAUGGCCUCCUCGCGUACAUCCUGGAGCCGGCCAAGUUCCCCUCGGACAUUGUCAUUCUCUACAAUGACAAGGCCGUGUUGGUUCGCGAUGCGUUCCCCAAAGCUACGGUUCAUCUACUUCUUCUCCCACGAGACCCCCUCAAACGAGACCUCAAACCCCGUGAUGCUUUAGACGACCAAGAGUUUUUGGACAUGGUGCGGAAAGAAGCAACUGAAGCUGUCAAAUUGGCAGCAUCCGAGUUGUCCAGGCUGAUCGCACCCUAUUCGGACUCAUGCAAAGCUCGCAUUGCUGCAAUGGAAUGUGAGGAUCCUCCAGACGAACUGCCGCCUGGACGCGACUUCUCCAAGGAGUUUAAAGUGGGAAUUCAUGCACAUCCAUCGAUGAACCAACUCCAUAUCCACAUCAUCAGCCGGGACAUGCACUCGGAUCGACUGAAGCACCGGAAGCACUACAACAGCUUCAACACGGACUUCUUCAUCCCGCUCGAGGACUUUCCGCUCGCGCAGGAUGAUGUCAGGCGCCAGACAAGCUAUCAGAAUGCGAACUUAUCAAAGGAGUACAAAUGCUGGCGCUGUGGAAAGAUGUUCGGGAACAAAUUUACACAGCUCAAAGCCCACCUCGAGGAAGAAUUCAAAGCCUGGAGAAAAGAAUGA